GAAAAGUUUAUGUGCUACUGGAGUACGAACGAAGAGUACGAGAAAUUGAGAGUGGGAACUUUAUUGUUUAUGUUUUUGCUAACUACCGAUUUCCUUUAUUUCAUUCCAUUAUGUACGUGAAUUUUACUUUGUUUUUUGGGACAACCUUGCUCACUGUGAUGGCGUCCUUUUCAUCAGUAGUCGUAAAAUACACACUCAACGCUAUUUUCCAAGAAACCAAUCAUUUGAGGGACAUUCGAGAAGAAAUAUCUGCAGUUCGUACAGAAAUGUCAAAAAUUUCGAUGAUGGAUGAGUUUGCCAAACACGCUCGUCUUCAAAGAAAGCUCAUUAAGUUGCAGGAUGAACUGAAAUCAGAAAAAAUGAUAGUUUCGAGUACAAAACUGAAGUACAAAGUCUUAAUAGGUUCAGGGGCCUAUGUAUCAAUGGGACUUGGUAUGCUUCUUAUGGCAUACGUGUUUCGCUCUGAGCCAGUCUUGAUUUUGCCUGAUAAGUGGCUCUCACCUUUCUCAUGGAUUAUAUCGUGGCCUUGUGAAUUUGAAGGGGCAGUGAGCACUCUCUUCUGGAUAUCCGUUUGCGGAUCUGCAUCGCGGCUUGUUGCUUCCAAAUUUUGAUUUGGGGUUUGUGAAUGACUUAUCAAGACUGACUGUUGAGUCCUCUGUGACAAGUUUUACAUUUUGUUAAUUAAAAAUAUCUGCCUCAGUUA